GAGCGCGCCCCGGUAGCCAAGAGGGAGGAGGGCGGGGAGCGCCGACAGCCGCCCGCCCGCCCCCGCGCCGCCCGCGCGCAACAGUUCCCCCAAAGUUGCAGCCCGGGAGGCGAGCGCGCACGGGCGGCCGAGGGGCGGGCGGUUGGCGGGGACGCGGCCUCGCGGCCCAGCGCGGAGAGUCCCGGCGGGCGGCGGCGGCGGCAUGGGCACCCGGCAGACCAAGGGCAGCCUGGCGGAGAGAGCCAGCCCCGGCGCCGCGCCGGGCCCCCGACGCGAACGGCCGGACUUCUGGGCGUCGCUGCUGCUGCGCGCCGGGGACAAGGCGGGGCGCGCGGGCGCGGGGAUGCCCCCCUACCACCGGCGAGUCGGCAUGGUCCAGGAGCUGCUGCGGAUGGUGCGCCAGGGCCGGCGGGAGGAGGCGGGGACGCUGCUGCAGUACCUGCGCCAGGACCUGGGCAUGGAGUCGACCUCGCUGGACGACGUUCUGUAUCGCUACGCCAGCUUCCGGAACCUGGUGGACCCCAUCACACACGACCUCAUCAUCAGCCUGGCACGCUACAUCCACUGUCCCAAGCCGGAAGGCGAUGCUCUGGGCGCCAUGGAGAAGCUGUGCCGGCAGCUGACAUACCACCUCAGCCCCCACUCCCAGUGGAGGCGGCACCGGGGGCUGGUGAAAAGGAAGCCACAGGCCUGCCUCAAGGCUGUCCUGGCCGGGAGCCCCCCAGACAACACAGUGGACCUGUCGGGCAUCCCACUGACCUCCCGAGACCUGGAGCGGGUGACCAGCUACCUACAGCGCUGUGGGGAGCAGGUAGACAGCGUGGAGCUGGGCUUCACAGGCCUCACGGAUGACAUGGUCCUGCAGCUGCUGCCGGCACUCAGCACCCUGCCCCGCCUCACCACACUGGCACUCAAUGGCAACCGGCUGACCCGGGCCGUGCUGCGCGACCUCACUGACAUCCUUAAGGAUCCCAGCAAGUUCCCCAAUGUCACGUGGAUUGACCUGGGCAACAACGUGGACAUCUUCUCCUUGCCCCAGCCCUUCCUGCUCAGCCUGCGCAAGCGCUCCCCAAAGCAGGGCCACCUACCCACCAUCCUGGAGCUGGGUGAGGGCCCGGGCAGUGGGGAGGAGGUCCGGGAAGGGACAGUAGGCCAGGACCCUGGAGGGGGCCCUGUGGCACCUGCCGAAGACCACCAUGAGGGCAAGGAGACUGUAGCUGCAGCUCAGACGUGACAUGGAAGUGAAGGGCCUCACUUCCUUAUUGGGUAGAAUGGGCAAAGCAGGCAGGGGAGGGCGCUUCUCCUAUCAGGUGGGUUAAGGAUAUUGCCAAAAAUUGGCCUGGGCCACCCACCUACAGAAAGGCAAACCAUAGCAUCUGGGGAAGGGGAUUUGUGUUAAAACUUCCCGUUGGUUCUCUCCAUCUGCCCCCUAUCCCAUUAUCUACCAUUUUGCUCGUCAUCCCAGGACCCAGAGAACACUCUCAGCUCAGCCCAUGGCCUUCCCCAAAGACUUGUGGAAAUGGGCACAUGGCUGGAGGUACUGGAAGCCCGAGCCAUUGUGAACACCAAGAGCUUUCCCCCAGAAAAAGAAUACAGUAGGGCCCCUACAUGCAUUGCAUUACAUUUUUCACUUAGGGAAACAAGCUCCAACCAGAUGAAUGUGUCCCCACUCAAGGGAGGUGGGAAUCUUAGCAAAACUCCUGUAACUCAAGAACCUGGGGUAAGGGGUUGGUUGCCAGAGACCCCAGUUCCAUCUAUGCUAGGGGUGGACUGAACGUGGUCUACCUCCUUAUGGAGAUCCAGCCCUAUUUCUGAGGCCCACCUUGUGAUUCUAGGCAUCUACCCAUAGGAGCAGCUAUCGCUAUGCCCUUUGACAUUUAGAGCAGCCUACGAUGCCAUGUGGCAGUGCUCAGGACAUGGUGCCCAUGCAUACAGGCAUAAAGUCCCGUUCAGAAAUCCCGUAUCCACCUUCCCUACCCACUGCUGGCUGAAAAACUACCAGACUUCUGUGUGGGCUCUGAUGUCCUUAGCAUGAAGGCCAAGUGACAGAACUGGCUUCCUUCUUGUCACUUGCCAGUAUGACUUCACUGACCUAGACAGGCCGUAAGAACUCUUUCCCCAUAACUCUUAAUCCACCAACACAUUCCAGAAAACCGACUGCAGAAGGUGGCCUUUAAAACCUUAAAAACCUAGGACCACGAAGGAGUCCAAUCCCUUGGCAGAUCCAACAAGAUGGCUGGGGAGAGGGAGAAACUAGGGGCUCCCAAAGGAGCCUAACUUAGCAAAGGUUCUCAUCUUACACCCUCCCCUUACCCAAAUGCUCUCCUAGUGAAAGGGCCCUACCAGUUAAGGAAUCUCUUCUAAAUAACAGGCAACCCCUAGAUCCAAGUAGUUCAGUCCAGGGAGACGGGGAGCCAAUCACUCUUGAACCUUGUGGGCAAACAGUAUGGGGAAGGACCCUCUGACAGGCCUUGGUAGGCAAGAUUCCAACACAGGAAGACAGCAAGAUGGGGCCUAGAGUAUGGGGCCCUGCAUGCUGUUAAGGUUGUGGUUAGGAAUGAUGCAAUGCUGCAGGAGCUGGGACAACGCUACACCAAGGAACAGAGCACAGAGCAGCAGGGGCCGAUUGAGGAGGCCUUAAAUGCUUUGAAUUUUUGCCUUCAGUCUAAAGCUGUAGAAUAGGGGGUUAAGAGUUUAGGCUGACCACAGGGAAGUUUAUAAGCUAGAGCGAAUAUCUGGAACUGCUAGUAUCUGACAAUAGUAGGCGAAGUUUACUUUUUCUUCAAAUACACAUUUUCAAGAAUUGACACCCAAGACCAUC